UAAAGUUACGUUAGGACGCAUGUCGCCUGCUCCAGCAAAAUAUGUGCAAGAGUUAUUGAUACAACUACUUGAAUAUUCAUCUCAAUACACAGGUACUAUCUGGAUAUAUUUAAUAUAGAGAUAAUCGUUCCGACAAAACGUAUAGCUGGCUUUUUAGUUAACCAAGGAACUGUUAACUUAGUUAGCUAACGUUAUCUGGCUAUAUUAGGGUUGCUUGACAACACAGAUGGUAACCAAAACAAGCUGAAGAAGACUGCGCUGAUCUGCAUCAAAAAAUUGGUCAAUCACAAAUCGGGUUGUUGUUAGCUUGCAAGAAGUGUCAAGAGAGAGAUGGUAGAUGACAAUAGACGAGGGGACGAUGAACGGGGUCCUGGAGCAGCAUAUCAAAUGUUCGUGGUUAUGGAGGACCUGCUGGACAAAUUGAAGCUUCUGGAUUAUGAAGAGGAAGUUCUGGCAAAGCACAACAUGAAAGCUCUAUCCAGGCAUUACUUUGCAUCCAGUGCCUACAUGCCAUCAAAUCCAGGGGAGCAAUUCUUCAUGUUUACCAUAAUCGCGUCUUGGCUCAUCAAUGCAGCAGGGAGACCCUUCGAGCAGCCUCAGGAGUAUGACGACCCCAACGCCACUGUGUCCAACAUUCUCUCACAGUUGAGAGCUUUUGGAGGACUGGUAGACUUUCCUCCCUCCAAACUAAAAGCUGGUUCAGGGGAACAUGUUUGCUAUGUGCUGGAUCGGCUGGCUGAAGAGGCUCUGAAGGAGAGAGUGUUUUCCUGGAGAAGACCAAACUACCCUACAGAGGAGAUGGAAGAAGAGUCUGUGAUGGAGGAUGAUGCAGAGCUGACUCUCAGUAAAGUGGAAGAGGAGAUGACAGAGGAACCAGACGACUGUGAGGAAGAGAACGUCAUGGAUCUAGAGGCACUUAAAUCAAGGACCAAUCAAAGUUUCCCUGUCUGUAGAUGUAGAAAGGCUAAUCACCAGUGGACUCAAACAAAUAUAAAUAAUAUUUUAGCUCUUGCUCAUUCCCUCAUAGUGUACAUACUAUCAUUCCUAACGCUAACUCCUUCCCUCUCGCAGGAGGCCAAACUAUCUUCAAAGCCAGACAAUAUACUGGAAUCAAACAUGGACUCUGCCGAGUGGAAUCUAGAGGUUGAGCGGGUUCUCCCACAACUGAAGGUCACAAUCAGAACAGACCACAAGGACUGGAGGAUCCACGUGGACCAAAUGCAUCAGCACAAAGACGGGAUCAAAUCAUCUCUCAAGGAGGCCAAGGGCUACCUAGACAAGCUGCAGGAGGAGAUCGGUAAGACACUGGAGAAGGUGGGCAGCAGAGAGAAAUACAUCAACAACCAGCUGGAACACCUUAUCCAGGACUACCGCAGCGCCCAGUCCAAACUCAGCGAGGCAAGGGAGUGCUACCAGCAGGGAAGUGGUGGAGUUACAGAGAGGACCAGAGUUCUGGCUGAGAUCACAGAGGAGUUGGAGAAGGUGAAGCAGGAGAUGGAGGAGAAGGGCAGCAGUAUGUCUGAUGGAGCCCCGGUGGUGAAAAUCAAGCAGAGUCUGACCAAGCUCAAGCAGGAGAUUGUUCAGAUGGACAUUCGGAUUGGAGUGGUAGAGCACACACUACUGCAGGCCAAGCUAAAGGAGAAGUCCAACAUGACUCGAGACAUGCACGCCACCAAUAUCCCAGAGCCUGCCAUCGGCGCAUACUGAGAUAUACAAAGUAUGGCAUUAUCUAUCAUUAGCUUACUGAACUUUAUAUAGCGAUACAUUAUGCCUGUGCAAUGAUAUUAUUUACAUGGUAUGGCACCUGCUAUGAGAAGGCAAGCAGUGGGUUACAUCCUGACUACAGCCAAUAUACCAAAGUCCUUAAAUGAUUCUAAACGGUCUGUUUAAGCAGACACAUAGAGAGACAUCUGUAUUGUUCUAACUUCAACUGUCAUAUGUUUCAUAUCAUAUUUGAUUGCAUUCGAAGGCUUUGUUGGCGUGGUUGAAUUAAUGUAUUUACAUACAUUGGAAUUAUAAAAUACAGAUUUGAAUGCGCAUAUGUUUUACAUGCAGGGUUAAGUUUGCUAAUUGCCAUAUUUGUAAUGGAGAUAAUUAAACAGAUAUUUUUUUUUACAAAUAAGAAGUUUUAUAAUAUUACUGAUGGGGAUAUUUAUUUGGACUUUUUUGAUCUCGUAAGGCUCAUGAAAGGUCUGGAAAGGUGAAAUUAAACAUGCAUCCAGCCAUUUGUAACGAAAAUAAUUGUACCAUAUAGAAAAGUGGAAAUACUUACAAAGUCGGCUGAGAUUGAUUGCCAGCAAUGUUUGCUAUGUCAGGGUACAUGAUGAAACAUUAAUAUAAAAAUCCAAAAGUAA